AUGCCUGAAACAGAGGCCGACUCUGUGAUACCUGCGCAGCUAUCUUAUCUCGCCAUCUACAACCCAACUUUGGGCCCCACGGACGAGACAUUAGAGGACCAGAUCGUGUUCUACACCUCGAGAUCGGGCAAUCUACAAGAAACGAAUGAUGCGACGGCCGAGGAAGAUGGCAGCAAACUUUCUGGGGAUGACAUGAAUCGGAAGCUGCGCCAGAUAGGCCUGGCGCAGGGGAUGGUGAGCUUUGCCAGUAAUUUCUCCUCUGGCAAACCACUCGAGUACAUCGAAACUGAUAAGGCGCGGGUCAUCGUGCUCGAACUGGAGAAGGAUUGGUGGAUAGUUGCCUCUAUCGACCUCACCCGGUUACCCGCCGAUCUAACUCAAACUUCGUCGACCGAUAAAUCAAGUCCCCCCUCAUAUCAGUAUUCAGCGAGAGAAAUGGGGCCACCGCAGCUACUCAUUCAACAAUUGCGCCGCGCACACUCCAUAUUCCUACUUCUCCACGAUUUCACUAUGACCGAGCUCUACAAUCGUGUUGGACGAUCCUCGUUCUGUCUCUUCCUAGACCGGUUCUGGGAAAAGUUUACAUUGAAUUGGGAACUGCUCUUGUCUGGAAACCCGAUUGUGGAUAUGUAUAACGGCAUCAAACUUGCCGCAGGAGGAGAACUGGGCAUUGGUGUCGGAGAGGAAGAAUGGGGUAGUGGUGAAAGAGAAGUCCUUGAAGACUUUAUCACCCGAACAGAUGGCCUGCUGGACUUGGUUGUCUCGAGAUUUGGUGAUCUGCCCGGACAAGCUGGGGGGUCACCACCGACCACUAUGGGCGACAGUGAGAAUGCAUGGUUAGGUUCAGACUCUGAUCCUCGGCCAGCUGAUGGUGUAGUCUUUUCCGGCGCUGGCGCUGUGGAUCGACGGUCCCUGGCUCAGUUAUCCCACUGGAUGGAAUGGAUAUACCGAUACGGCGACGCGGCGUAUGGAAUCGGGCGGGAUCCGACCUCACUACGCCGACGAAAGCCUCGCAGAAAACGAGCACGAGCUCCCAGCCAACCUAUCACGCCGGAAAGAACACGUACCCCAGGGAUACCUCGGCCCCUUAUCAUGGCAAUGCCACAACCGCCUCCAGAUGUCCAGAAAGAGAACAGUCCUGAAAAGGGAACCGGAAACUCGCCGUCCAGCAAUGAUCAGCUGGCCGACAAGUCAGCGUUCGGAACGGACACAGUCAUGAAAUACCUCACUCUAGGAUAUGGUUCUGCGUGGAGCUUUUCUAACAAAUCAGCACCCACGUCGACGGCAUCCUCACCACCUCCUGAGAGCUCUUCGGCACAGCCAGGACAACCCACUGCUGGGAAACCACAAAAUAGUGGAUCUUCUUCAACCGAUGUACGCACUCCGCCAGCUCCGAAGCUCCCAAUGGAUGGACCUCGGACUGAGACAAAAAUCAAUGUCCCUGGCCGCUUCGUACUAGGGCCACGCGAUGAUCUAGACAGGUUGGAUGACAUCGAAGAAGGAAGCCCAGAGCCGGAAUCAGAUGCUGGACGGCCUAGGAGCCGCAUAGUCCAUCGAUCAGUUCACGUACGAUUAGCAGACUCUUCAGGCGAGAGUAUGAAGAAGCUCCAAGCAGUAAUCUACGUGCAUCAACCAUUUAUGUUCACUUUUCUCUUCGACCCAGACACCCCGGCUCUAUCAUCUCCCGCACUAUACUCCAGCAUCCAUCACCAACUAGGCCCCCUUCAAAAACCACUUCUAUCAUCAACGUCGCUUACAACAGCCGCCUCUCGCAUCUUCACGUCCGAAACGACCGGCGAUCCAAGCAAACGCUUCUCAACACGCAGCCAACCCGUCUACGACAUAGUAUACGACCCAUCAAACCUAACAAUCCGCUCCUCAAUCCCCAACAUCCCUUGCCUCGGAACUCCCACCCGUCCAAACGAGACCUCCCAAGCCCAGAGAACUCCAUCACCCUCUCCAUCCCAAACCCCAAACACACCAUCAUGGUCACGCGUCGAGAGCAUAGCAAUCCACCAGCGCCUCCUCUCCACAUACAUCGACACCCGCCCCCGACCCCAAGAACUAGAACGCACCUGCAAAACCAGCCGCGGGUGGUGGAUCGUCUGGGUCCGCAUUCCAGUCCCCAGCACACAAAGUCACCGGUCACACGCCCUCUCAUCUGCAUCUUCCUCCACCGCGCUCUCCUCCAUGACUGAGGACAAUCAAAUUCCAGUCCCCUCAUCCCUGGUUCCAGAGCUUAUUCCUGAACCGCAAGAAGCGUUCAUCGUGCGUAAGGCGAGUGACUACGUUUCUUCGUCGGGCCAUGCCCGUAUGAGCAGUGGAGCGAGGUUCUUCCGUGAUCUGGGCGGUGCAUCGUCAUCGAAACUUGCUGCUUCGAGGGCUGAUACUACUCCGUCGAAGUUAGUGGAGGGGUUGGGGAUGGAUGCGAGGCGGUAUAUUGAGGGGCUUUUGAACUUGAAUAGGUGA